AUGACAGCACUACUUAGACCACUAAUCAAAGAAAAACAAUACAUUUUAAUGUAAAAAAACUAUAGCUUUAUAAAAAUUUAGCACUCUUAAAUAAUGGGAAAACAUGAACGUAGUGACAUUGGCGAUAAUAAGCGCAGCAAAAGACAUAAGCGGCAUAAACAUAACAAGGAGCAAAACAUAAAAUCUGAGCAAAUGGAGAUCGUCAACGAUGAAAUAAUGGAAAACGAAGACAAGAAAGAACUUACGCACAAUGAGGACGAUGCUCAAAUUGAUGUGGGCGAAGAGGAUUUAUGUAAUGUAACAUUGCCGCAAGCUAAUAUCACGCCUCCAAGAGCAAACACUAGCAAAAGUAAAAAGACCACUCCUAAAAGUAUUUCAUCCACAAGCAGCGCAACAGGGACUCCUAGUAGCAUAGCAAAUAGUGCUAAUUCUAAAAAGGCGAAAAAGAGACGCGACAGUGGCACUUCCAGUGGCGAGGAGCGUUGGCUAACUGCAAUUGAAAAAGGAAAACUGGAGGAUGUAGAUGAUGAAUUGAAAAAAAUCAAAGAUCCCAAGUUAAUGACUGCACGUCAACGCGCUAUGUACGAAAGAAAUUUGGAUAAGGAACCCUCUCCGGGUGGCGAAAUGCUAAUGUCAUUACCGACAGGUUAUCGCGAAAAGGAAAAACCACAAACUGCAGAAGAUAUACUCAAGGCUGUGCUCAAAUCACAAAAACGUAAACAACUAGCGGAUGAGAAACGUGAAAAGGAUAAAAAGAAAACCAUGGAACGUUUGUUAAAAAAACAAGACAGCACCAAACCACGCAGUGGAGGCCGUAGCAAAAUUCUUAAAACAGCGCAGCCAAUGAUAAGCUAUAGAAGCACUUUGAGUGGUGCCUAUAUACACUUGCCACCAGAUCAUGAAUUUCCUUUAGCACCGCAAAAAUCAGAGAGCCCGCCAAAAGUGAUUAUGUGUGCAAUUGAAGGUUGUGGCCAGCCCAAAGUGUAUAACUGCUCAAAGACAAAUCUGCCAUUGUGCAGUUUUGCUUGCUAUAGAAAAAAUGUCCAAGCGCUGCGACAAAUCAUGUGUUAAAAAUGGGUUUCCAGUGCUUUAUUGGCUUGCUAUUUGUACGUGUACAGUUUAUUGAUUAAGCAAAAAAUUGUUGAUGGUUUCCUGUUGCUCGGCCUCGAUUCGCUGCAAAUAUUGAUAUUCGCUCUUCAAACGAUCCAGGUUGGUGUUCUUCUCAUGUAUUUUGCUCUGUAAAAUGAGAAGGAUUCAUAUAUGCAACAAUCUUUAUUUAUUUAUUUUUAUUUGCCUGAUAAACUUGCUGUUCCGCCUGGCGUUGUUGUGCUAUGGUCUUAAGAAUAUUUUGUGUGCCUAUUGCACGUAACUUUUCUCUUUCCACAUCCUUGGAUAUUUUAGAAACUAUUUUAUGGAAGUCUGCUGCCAAUUUUUUGAACUCUUGUAGUUUGUUUGCAUAUUCCAGACAUUCUUCACGUAACUCGUUGGUCUCAGUAGCAAUGCGAGGAUCCUGCACGCGUAACCGAUAUAUAUCGUCUAUAUAAAGUCCUGCUUUUUGAAGUUCCUCCGACAUAGUUUAGAAGUCAGUGCAACUACUAAGAAAUAUGCUUCCCUAGAUAUGAGCUAUUGUAUUGGUAAACGUUUGGAACAAAAGCAUCGUCAUAGCAACGUUAAACCAAACAAGAAUUUUUAUUCGUAAUCUUUCAUUUUAAUGUAACUUAAGUACUUCAAAAUUAGUAUAAGAAUAAAUAAUGUUUACAUCCAUAUUGUUCAAAUAAAUAUUUGAAAAUAUUUAA